ACUGCAUCCAACACUAAAGUUUUCUAAAAGCAAAUAAUGCCAAUGCAUCCGUUAGAAAUAUCAAUUAACUGAAGUUUAUGUUACUAAUUCAAUGUGAAACUAGUUAAAUUAAUACCUAAAAAAAUAAAAAUCUAACAGCUUAAAGAGCGAAGUCGUCUACUACAGCGUGGAUUGAGUUUCAUUUUUCUGGGCAUACGUGAAUUUAAGUCAAUGCUCCAAAAGUUUUUGGGUAUCAAAUACAUACACGAACGGAAGUUGAUCCAUGAAUGUGCCGUGGAAAUUUUGAUUUUGACAGCUGAUGCAUUAUCGGGAUUGAGUGCGGAAGAAGUGGUUGAGAGUGGAGUCGUCCCAGCUUUGUUCCAAUCGAUCCAGCAUGGCAUAAUAGAAUUUUUCAGAAUUGGAAAAGCUAAUGUUGAUGUAAUGUCAGCCGCUUUUGAUGGAAAGACAAAGUUCGUAGAAACUUACGCAAUCGAAUGUCGUCAAGAGAAGUAUUUUCAUGAGCUUCGCGCUAGAGAGGGACAUUUUUUGGCUGCAUGGACAGAUGGCGAUGGCAAUAAUGCGCUUCACAUAGCAGCGAAGUUAGGUCCAGAGUCUUAUCUUGCUCAGUUUUCAGGUGCAGCCCUUCAAAUGCAAAAGGAAUUACAAUGGUUCAAGGAAUUUGAGUCUGUUGUUCCAGAGUGUAAAGACUGGGUGAAUCACAAUGGAGAAACUCCUUGGAAAGUGUUUACCAGGGAUCACAUGAACUUGUUAAAAGAAGCUCAAGCAUGGAUGAAGCAAACAACAAAAUCUUACAUUAUAGUUGGUACCCUCAUCAUCACUACUAUGUUUGCUGCAGCAUUUUCUGUUCCAGGUGGUAACAAUGAAAAUGGCUUCCCCAUGUUCUCACAUAAAAGAUUAUUUUUGACAUAUAUAAUGUCAGAUGCAAUUUCUUUGUUCGCCGCAUCUACUUCAGUGCUGACGUUUUUAGGAAUCCUCACAUCUCGCUACACUGAAGAAGAUUUUCUUAGGUCAUUGCCCACCAUGCUGAUUAUAGGCAUUCUUACGCUCCUCAUUUCUGUUGCAACAAUGUCGGUAGCUUUUUGUGCUGCUGUUUCAAUUAUGUUACAGGAAAAAUGGUGGGUAGUCUUCUCGCUAGUUUUGGUCGCCAGCAUUCCUGUCGUUGUCUUUUUGUCAUCGCAAUCUCGGCUUCUUUUUGAGAUUUUGGUGUCAACUUAUGGGCCAGGAAUCUUUAACAGAAAAGGGAUAUUAUCCAGGAUAUUAUCCAUAAUGAAAAAAUUGACCGGGAAACUUAUGAAGAGAAGGGAGUAGUUAAUUAACUACCUUUUAUAUCUUCUAUGGAUCAUAUGAUUUGGCUUUUAUAUGUAUGGCAGCUGUUUUAUUGAAUGUGUGUGAGGAAAUUAAUAAACUUUCUGAUAAUGU